AUAAUAAAAGUAAUAAUAAAAUAAAAAACAGAAAGAAAGAAAAAAGAAAAUAACUACAAAAAUCUAACAGUCUCAUUUAGUCUAAGGCAGUCAUGUUCCUAAAAAAUAAGCUUCUUUCUGCAGUAUUUUUCUGGACAAUUCUUAACAGCUUUCAUAAAAUUCACCCACCUAUGGUUUAGGAAAACAUUUUGUGGAUGGAGUCAUUGGGAUUCAAUGGAUAAAGGCAGAGGAAAUAAAAUCAGGCAUCCAUGCAAACAGAGGUAUGAACUGCCUAAGGCGAGAUCUAUACAGCAGACAGAGGAAAAAGUGAGAAACAAUACAGUAUAUAUUCAAAUAUGUGAAUCCUGAUAGUUAAACCGCAUCGAUUAAACAAGUGUGUGUGCUUUAAUGUGUAUUUGUGUGUGAGUGGCUGAAGCAAGCACAUAUCCCUCCUUCCUCACAUUCCAAGUGGCUGGAGUGAGCUGUGACUGAUCAUCGCUGAGAGCGGUGUGGUCUGAACAACAGAGGCGAGGAGGGAGGGUCUUACACACACACAGGAAUCACACGCACAGCAGAGAGCGGGACAUCUCUGGAGCGCUGAGCGGGAGCAGGAAUAUACAGGCAUUGGGAGGAGGAGGAAGAGAGAGAGCGGUGAAGCGAGGGUCCAUAUGUGGCAGUCCCGUGGUUUUGAGGAGUCUAGAGCCUUUGGGCCCUGAGAUAAAUGCCAUGGGGAACUCCAACAGCAAGAAGAAACCCCAGGCUAACCUUACCAUCAGUCACCAUACUAACAAAGUAAAGUCCAUCUGGCACUUUAGACAUGUGGAUAAAAAUAAAACAGCAGUCCAAAAGCAGAAUGAGACAAGAAAGCUGACCGUACACUACACGGCCUCCCAGCACUACCAAGAGAAUGUGUUCAUUGAGGGAAGCAGGCCACAGUACCUGGAAGACCUGCAUUCUGAGGCCCAGGAGGGACUGAAGAUACUACAGCAGGAGGAGAACAAAAAUGGAGUGGACUUUCAGGAUGGUCAGACUCUGCCAGAGGAAGAUACAAGCUCAAAAGAAAGAGAUGAAUUACUUGAGACUGAUAGCAUUACUGGGCACUCUGUUAUUUCAGUGUCAACUGUCUCAGCAGUCUCCUCACGUCCAGUACUUACACGUCAAGGUUCCACAUUUAAGCCCUUGAACUCAGUUAAACAACUGGACAAGACCAAGAGAAGAAGUAGAAGAACAACUAUAAUGGGCAUACCACAACAAGUCCAAAGAGAACUGGAAAUGACAAGAGGAACUAUAUUGCAGCAGCGUCCAAAUGGAGAACAUGAUUGUAAAGUUGAUUCCCCUGGCAGAGUUGUCAUCCCAACAAUUGAUGGAGAGCUCCCCUCAGUAAAUCACGAAGGAGCUCGUGUACACCUGCAGAACAUUGAGGUACUUCAGACAUCAAGAGAUGAGGAGUUUCUAAUAAACCACAUGCAUUCUGUCUACCAAGAUGAGUUAAACCGAAAGCUUGGGAUAGGAGCGUGCCCUACAAAGAGACCAAAGUCUCUUGCUGUGCCAGGGAUCACCACUUCCUCUUUCCUGCAUGAGCCUCAAGGUCCCGUUAUGUCUAUUUCACCACAGGCAACUUAUUUAUCUAAGAUUAUUCCAAACGCAAUUCUGCCUGCUGCAAUAGACAUAAUUGAAAUUAAUCAUGAUCAAAGCCAGCGCAGUUCAAAUACAGUUAGCAAGAGUAGUUUAGCAUCAGCUAGUCCAGCUUCUUCACGAUCUGGAGGUGGCACAAAUCAAGAUCUAACUACCCCUAUCCCAAGCAGGAGCCAUUCACAAUCAUCUGAGACUAUUGUCUCCAACUCCUCCACAAUCUCUUCAAAAGCAAAGUGUCUACAAACAUUUGAUGCUGACAGCACCAAAGAAGUUUCAAAUGUAAUCCCAAAGGACAUAAAUGUUACAAGCUCAAGUAGUUGUAAAAGCUCUAACAGUAACAGUACAAAUCACAGACUGGACCACAGGGAGAUUGGUAUAGCAGGGGAAAAUGUCAGAAACAGGAAUUCGUUCUCUCGUAAUCUCUCUGUAAUGAAGACAAAAUUACCCCCAGCACCACCUCAGAGAUCCUAUUCCCUGCACCAUGAAAAACUUAAGUGGAGAUCAAGGGAACUGGUAGACAUAAAAGAUCUCAAACAUAUGUCACCAAACAAUGGGCAAACUGGUAGAGAUCUUAGCAGUGCAAAAGACCAUCAGUCCAUCAGUAAUGAGAAGGGUUCUGUCCAUUCUUCAAUGCUCAACUCAUCAAGAGAUUUCCAGUCAACUGUGAAAUCCAGCCCGCUUAGUCCUGAUCAAGCUUUUACUGGAAGUCAUGUCAGAUCAGGUAACUCAUCACCAAAGAAAACUGGAGAAGAAUCUGGUGAGAACAAAUUUGAUAGGACUUUGUCUCCUUCGAGUGGAUACUCAAGCCAAAGUGGGACACCUACGCAUUCCCCUACAGAGGUCAGUCCCUCCUCACCUGGAAAGAGAAGAGUAAAGACUUCAAAGCCUGAGAGAACGGGUGUACGGACCUCACCAGUGAAUUCAGUCUCUUCAUCAAUGACAUCUCUAUCUUCAGUCACAUCAGACAAGGCACUUCAUGACAUUAAAACCAACACCACCCCAUCAGAGCCAUUAAAGUGCUUUCCACCUGUUACAACAGUGAAAAACAAGGUGACACCAACACACCCAACUAUUGCCCUAAGGGAACUGUUCAACAUUCCCCCUCCACCCAAGGUAAAAGCCCCAUCUCCCCCACCCCCUGAAACCUGGAUUCAUAAUAAACGCACACUUGAACUAUUAUGUGGACCAGGUCCAAACCCUCAUAGGUUACAUCAGCUUCAAAAACAAAAAAAUCAAAACACAAAUUCAAUACAAAUCACUGAACAAAUUAUCCCAGAGAUGCUGACAACAGAAAAAGUAAAGUCAGGGACCCAACUGGAGAACAAAGAAGCUGUAAAAGAACAAAAUGAGUCCAUGUCACCACAAGUGCAUGAACAAAUGAUAGUAGACCCUCCAGAUUUGAGGCAAAAUGAAAGCUCAACUUUACACAAUGAGUUAAAUGAACUAGAAAGAACAAAAUUCCUUGAGGAGAUCAACCAGAACAUUCAUACACAAGAUCAGAGAACUGUAGAGGAUCAAAAGGAAAAAGGAAGCCAAAUACUCCCUACAAAGAAGGUACCAACUAUCAAAGUUGAUCAAAGUAUGCUGUCACAAACAAAUUGUGAAGUCAAACCAAAUCCUGAAAUUGUGAGCACAACAUGCACCCUAAAGAAUGAUGAAACCAGUGAGGAGAACAAAGGAAACUGCAUUGAUAAGGACAUUCUCAAUCACAAACAAUUGCAAACUCUCUGUAUAGAAGUACCUGAGGCCGUUGGCAUUUCUCCUCCUCCUUCUCCACCUCCAGAACACCACCCUCUACCACCGCCUACUAAAAAGAUGUCAGGCUCCUCAGUGUCUAUACCACCAUCUGAUGAAGAUGAACAGAAACAAGAAACAGAAGAACAGGUGACUCUCCUGGAGUCUUCUUGGCCUCCACCACCUCCACCAGAGGAAGAGUCAACUGACUUGAUUUUUGAGGAACAAGAUGAACUUAACUUCCCACCACCACCUCCCUCGUUUAUCCACAAACCCCUUUCAGAGAUAUCUGUCAAGUGCCAUGACAAAUCAUGUGAACAGCCAGACAAUAUAGAAUUGAGGUCAUCUAAUGCCUCAGAUAUGGCCAGCCGUUCAGACCAAGAAUCCGAAAUACUUACCAUUCUGCCAACAAGAACUGUACAAAAUGAUAUGGAGGACAGGCAACAAGAUAAGCCUUGUAACAAUGUGUCACAUGGCUCUGUGGAUGAAGAUGGCAUGGAAAACACAACUGUAGCCCCUCUUAAAAUGUCCUCUCUUUUAUCAGAUGAACUUGUACAAGGGGAGGAAAUGCCAGCACAAGAUUCAGAGCAAACAUCACUUGAUACCGAAGCAGAUUCCACUAACGUGCCACUUGCACCUCCUCUUCCAGUGGAAGAACAAUCCACUGUUAACUUCCGAAGGCACCUGAGCCUCAUAAACAAAGACAACCGGAGCAAAGAACUGCUGUGUCAUCACAAAAGCACACCUAUCCCAAAGGAGGAUGCCAACAUUCCCCUCGUCACACCUUCCUUACUUCAGAUGGUGCGACUAAGGUCUGUGACUGUAGAUGAAGACCAAGCUACCAUUGAUUGCAAACCAAGUACUGAGUCCACAACAAAUGAGAAUCACAGUAUUACUAGUCAAGCAACUCCACAAAAGCCUAUUCGCAAAUCCUUGACCUUGAAGUCUAACUCACCUGCUAAGUCAACUCCUGCUCCAACCUCAGUCCCAUCCAUGCGUCUUCAAGAGGCCAUACGUAUGAAGACGGCUGCAAUGUCCUCUAGUGGAGUACCUGCAAUGCUUAAUCUACGCUUAACCUCAACUAGUGGUACUAGUCCACCUGUACCAUCCCCUAAAACACCAGAUGGCUGUGACUUGCAUAAGUCCCCUGCAUCUACAGCCAGCUUUAUCUUCUCCAAAAGCACAAAGAAAAUUGUCAUUGAAACACCCACUUCUCCCGAGAUCCAAGCAAGCCUCAAACCAAGUCUUGCAGCUGAGAUAAUGCAGAUUUCCAACCAAGCCAAGACAAUGGUUACAAAUGGGACAAAAAAGUCAAUUAAGGUGCCGCCACCUGUUGCUAAGAAACCAGUGCAUGGAACAAUUCCUCCCAACAAGACAGAUAAUGCAACACCAGAUAAGACUGAGAUCUUGACAAAUAAACAAAUAAUUAAGGUUGAUGUUAAUGGGCAAAGUGAUCAAGUGCAUCCUGCUGGUCAGUGAGCACAAUCAUCAGGAAACCAGAAGCAAGCAAGAAGUACAGAGACUGCAUGUUGAAGAGUCAGGACACAUGAGUUGAGUUUUGAUUGGACAGUUUAGUCACAGUAUGGCAAAGACAAGAGGACAAAGCAAGUGAUGAAAGCCCAAGAUGGAUCUUGUUCAAGGAUUCACGGAUACUUAAAAAUACCAUGGACACUUAAAAGCCUUAGCCUGGAGAAAUGGCCUUCAAAUGUAUGCAAAAAGCUUUUUCCCAAUCUGUUUUAUACAAUAGCUUUAUUACAGCUUUCAAGUAUUUUUCUACAUGAGUUUGUCUGCUCUGGGAAAAGUCACUUUUACUUUGUUGUGGACUUAAAAAAGCUAACGACUGCAAGAUUGAACUGACAUCUAGUGGUCACUAGUGGUAGUAAUCACUGCUUGGCGUAAAAAAGUCAAAACCUGUUAUAAUUUUAUUGACAUAUCCAAAUAUGUCCAAGCACAUAGAUUGAUUACUAGCUUUUAAUGAAAGAAGCUGAUUCUACUAACAGUUUUUAAAGUUUUAGUGCUACUGCAGUCAACUUUCAGAAUUUGCUUUCAGCAAAUAUGUAUACAUGUACAGAACCAUCUGUUACCUUUAUGAAUGUUGUAGUAUGCUGACCAUGGCUGAAACAUAUACACACAAAACAUUUACAUAUUUACUUUUCAUUAGAUAAAAAGCACUUUCUACGCUAAAUGCUGCAUUUAUUUUCAAACCAGCAAACAGGUAAGAUUAUUACCGCUGUUCCUUCUAAAACUGAUGUAAAAGUAUACAUACACAAAUACUGUAAUAGCUAUUUACUUCAAGGUAGGAGUGAAGAGAAUUACUACACUGUUUAAAAAAUAAAUAUGCAUUAAAGAUAUUUAUA